UAGUGUGUAUUACAGAUGAUCACAUUGCACAAUAUGGUUUUAGUCACUAGGCGCUUCUCUCUUUAUAUCAUUUACUAUAAGACUAUGUAACCCCAUCCCCUCUUUAUAUUUGUUAUUUACAUCAAUGGUUCUUAAUUAGGGUCAGAGAAAACAGGAGCAAAAGAAUAAGUGCACUUUGUAUUGCACAGUUUUACUACAAUAUGUUCCCACCUUGAUAAUGAAAAAUUCAACUUUGUUUUUUUAUUUAUAAAUUAAACGUUAUUAGAAAAGAUUUAGAGAAGGGGAUAGUGUGUGAAAACAUAAAUCACUGCGGAUAAUGUAUCUAUUAUAUAUAAACUUCUUUAUACCAUAAAGGUCCUACUGAUAAAUGUAUCUUUAUUUCCCCAGAAUAAUACACCAUGGAGGGCAUCAGCACCCAGAGGGACCCGAGCACCCCUCCGGGCACCAAGCAGCACCAGCCUGCCCAGGACUCUCAGCCCUAUGCCGGACCACUGAAGCCCAAUCAAGUGGGGGAGACCACCUUGUACGGGGUUCCCAUUGUGUCCCUGGUAAUAGAUGGUCAGGAAAGGCUGUGCCUGGCCCAGAUCUCCAACACUCUGCUCAAGAGCUACAGCUACAACGAGAUCCACAACCGGCGGGUGGCCCUGGGCAUCACCUGCGUGCAGUGCACCCCUGUGCAGCUGGAGAUCCUGCGCCGCGCGGGGGCGAUGCCCAUCUCCUCCCGCCGCUGCGGAAUGAUAACCAAGAGAGAGGCGGAGAGGCUGUGCAAGUCCUUCCUAGGGGAGCACCGCCCGCCCAAACUGCCCGAGAACUUCGCCUUUGACGUCGUGCACGAGUGCGCCUGGGGCUGCAGAGGCAGCUUCAUCCCAGCCAGAUACAACAGCUCCCGGGCUAAGUGCAUUAAGUGCGGAUACUGCGGCCUCUACUUCUCCCCCAACAAGUUCAUCUUCCACUCGCACCGCGCACCAGACUCCAAGUACACUCAGCCCGACGCGGCUAACUUCAACAGCUGGAGGAGGCACCUGCGGCUCAGCGACCCGACAGCUUCCGAUGACCUGGCCCACUCCUGGGAAGACGUAAAGGCCAUGUUUAAUGGGGGCACACGCAAGCGCGCCUUCCCCUCUUCGUCCUCCUCCUCAUCGUCCUCCCGCUCACACCUGGAGCUGGCCCCUCCACCCCCUCCUCCGGCCAAGAGCUUGCGUGGGGUUGCGGGGGAAGAGGAUGGGGCGCAGGUGGCAGCAGCCCGCAGUUUCCCGCUUAUUCCCGUGCCCAGCAAAGGGUUCUCUGGGGUGUUACACAAGAUGGCACCACCACUCUUCCCACCUCCCCCUUACGCCUUCCCAGCCUUUGGACUGUGCGCCAAGAAGGAUGACGGGCUGGGAGACACGGGCAAGGCCAGUGGGCUCCCUGGUGUGUUCUGGCCAGCUACCCCGGCUUCUAAAGACUCUGUGUACCCGCACUUCCCAGUGUUCUGGCCAGCAGCAGGGGCUCUGCCAGUGCCGCCAUACCCAGGCUUAGCCCAGCAACAGGCAGCCCCUAAAGCUGGCUCAGGAGAGACAGAGGAAGCAGAGCCCAAUGGAGAAAAUCUAGAGGAGCAGGCUACAGGCCGGGUCACAGAGGAGGACAGGUCUGGAGACGAAGCUCGGCCAGGAGAGCCGCUCACCCCAAGAAAGCUGCGCUACAUAUCGGCUUUCAGACCUGUGGUGAAGGCCGCAGAGAGCCUGGCUAAGUUAUAUGGCAGUCGGGAACUUUAUGGAUCAGCGAGGCCUGCGGGGUACAGCUCCCCGGAUCUACUUAGCGACACUUCCAGCUACCGCUCCGCAUCUCCCAGCCCGGAUACAGCCGAUGAGCCUGAGGUAGACGUAGAGUCCAGCCGCUUUCCUGAGGAAGAGAGUAGCCUAGCUCUGGGGCUGACCUCCAGCGUGUCAUCCCCAGCAUCCACCCGCGAACCCGAGGACAGGAGAGAGCAGAGCCCACGGGACAGUCCCGCCAGUGCGGUAGGGUAUGAGGUUUAUGCAAAGCAGAUGACAGACCUUCCUCAGGCCAUGAAGGGUAAUACCGCACACCAGGGCAUCCCAACCUCUUAUAUCUGCAAUUUGGAUCCAAAUGAGCAUGACUCAGAAGACAGUCACUCAGCUGCUGAGGAUUCAGACAGCAGGAAACCUUUCCAAGACCAAAGGAGUCACUUAUCUCACACAAGUCCCUUACACACAGACAGAGGGGAAGAAGACAGCCCUAUUGAUGUUACUGGGACCCAGUUUGUAGAGAAAGACAUUGAGAACAUGGCAAAAGAUGAGCUACAGAAGCUGCUAGUGGAGCAGAUGGAUCUAAGAAAAAAACUGGAACGAGAAUUUCAAAACUUAAAAGACAAUUUCCAGGACCAGAUGAAGAGGGAGUUGGCAUACAGAGAGGAGAUGGUCCAGCAGCUGCAGAUUGUGAGAGAUACCUUGUGUAAUGAACUGGAUCAAGAGAGGAAAGCUCGCUACGCCAUCCAGCAGAAAUUAAAAGAUGCUGACACCAAGACACUACACAGAGAGCUGUUCCUUCAGAGCUCUACUCCUGCACCCUUAAGCUACAUCUGGGCCCCACGGAAGCUCAUGUACCCUCCAGCCCCUUGAGAGAUGAGCGCUGGAACCACUAGAACCACUGGACAAACCAAGCCAUUCCCACUAUCUAUGGGAGCGAGAGCACAACAGGGACCUGCUGGGCAGAGACCCCAGAGACCUUAAAUGAACUUGUAAAUAUUGUACAGCAAUUAUCAGGACGCCGGAACACUGAGGAAAUCUGAGCCAAGAGUGAUCCACAGAUCAGCUGUGUAUAAUAAUGCAUUGUGAAUAAACGACGUAUAUAUAAUAUAAAUAUAUAUAUAAUAUAAAUAUAAACAAUUGCAAAAAAUGUUGAAUUUAUUCAUUGUUUUACUAUUUAAUUCUUAUUAUGUAUGUCUCCACUUAACCUUAUCAGUACUUGAGGGCUUUUACUCUGCAUUUGAAGGGGUUAAAAGUUAAGGUUAUCGAUGGGAGAGUGGCUACGUGCAAUGAAUAUCUAUGUACUGUGAUUCUUAUUAAAACAGUAUUUUUUUAA